AUGUCUUCCCCCAAACUCCUUCAAGGCACCUUUUCACACAUCAUCAAUGGCAAAUCCUACGACACCAAGGGCGCCAAAACCCUCGACGUCAUCAACCCAGCAACCGAACAGCCCAUCGCCCAAGUCCCCAUUGCCACACGCGAAGUGCUAGAUGAAGCAGUCAAGCACUCCCAAGCUGCCUUUGAAAAAUGGUCCAAGACGACGUGGGCAGAGCGUGCCGAGAAGGUCAAGGCCAUUGGCGAGGAAUACAAGACCUUGAUUCCCGAUCUUGCGGAAUUGAUGGUUCUCGAGCAAGGCAAAGCAACGGCUUUCGCGCAGGGUGAAGUGGCGCUGGYGAAUGAAUGGUUUGAACGUAUGCCGGAUAUGGAAAUCCAGGAAAAGGUUGUGUGGGAGAACGAGGAGAGUCGCGCAAUUGAGCAAUAUGUUCCUCUGGGUGUCACGGCGGGAAUUGUGCCUUGGAAUUUCCCCGUGCUCCUCAUGGUGUGGAAGAUCAUUCCAGCGAUCCUCACCGGCAACAGCAUCAUCAUCAAGCCCUCCCCCUUCACUCCCCUCUGCGACGUCCGCGUCGUCGAACUCUUCAACAAACACCUCCCUCCAGGCGUCGUGCAAAUCGUGCUUGGAAACGACAACCUGGGACCCUGGAUCACCGAACACCCCGACAUUCGCAAAAUCUCCUUUACCGGCAGCACCGCCACCGGCCGUCUAGUCGCCAAAUCCUGCAGUGCAACUCUCAAGCGCUUCACUCUCGAACUCGGCGGCAACGAUGCCAUGAUUGUCCUCCCGGACAUUGAUGUAGAGAAAGUCGCGCCUACCAUCCUCCUCUCCGCCUUUUUCAACUCAGGCCAAGUCUGCCACGCCAGCAAACGUCUCUAUGUUCACGAGGACAUCUUUGACAAACUUUCCCAAGCCCUGGUUUCCGCCGCCAAAUCCGCUGGCGUGGGACCCGGUUCGGAUGAGGGAGUCAUGUAUGGACCUUUGAACAACAGACAAGUCUACGAGAAAGUCAGCGAAUUCUUCGCGGACUCACAAAAGAAUGGACAUGAUUUCUUGACGGGCGGUAAGAUUCCCGAGGGCGAGAAGGGAUUCUUCGCGCCCUUGACACUGGUCAACAACCCCCCUGAAGACAGCCGUCUGGUACAAGAAGAGCCCUUUGGACCGAUUGUACCAUUGUUGAAAUGGAAGGAUGACGCCGAGGUGUUGAAGCGAGUGAAUGAUUCGUCAUGGGGAUUAGGAGCGACGAUUUUCGGCAAGGAUUUGGAGCGGGUGGAGAAACUGGCCAGGCAGGUGGAGGCGGGUGUCGUGUGGACUAACACGAUGAUGCAGCAGCAUCCUGAGGUGCCUUUUGGAGGGUUCAAGGGAAGUGGCAUUGGGUGUGAGAAUGGUUUGGCGGGUCUCAAGGGGUGGUGUCAGGUGCGAAGCAUCUACUUGGCCAAGGCGUAG